AUGGAUGUGGACAACUCUAUAGUUUUUCCAUCUAAAGAUAAAGAAGAAAGCAAGAAUAUUUUCAAAGCUUUACAUGCUAGCGAUAUUGAAGAUCAAAAUGUUCUAAAUCCAUCAGUGCUACAUCACUCAAAUGAAUGUACAACCCCUCUCGAGGUAAAGAAUAUUGUUUCAGCUAGGAAACACAUCACUGAGGGUGGAACCAAAGAUGAAUCUGCUUUUGAUAAAAUUUGUACCAACACCACUUCUGAAAAUGAUUCUGUAGAAAAAUGUACCCUGAUUGCAAAUAAUUCCAACACAGAUCUUGAGAAGUUCCGAACUUUCAUAGCUUCAAAGGGGAAGAUAUUGUCAGAAACUGCCAUCAAAGUUCUUAUUCGAAAGAGGAAUGCACUGACUCUUCAGCAGCAAACGAUAGAGGAUGCGAUUGUUGUGUGCAAUAUGAAAAUUCAUAAAUGGUUAAUUGGUGAAGAUGACAUGGAAUUAAAGAUAGAAUCCAUUAUAGAUGGUUGUAGUGAUACAUGUUUAAGAAAUCAAGGAGGGACUUGUCAGUAUCCUGGGGGUCAUCAAUGCUCACUUCCAUCUGUUAAGAGGAAAAAUUGGCAGAGGCUGUGUUCAGUUUGCAAACUCCUUGCCAGGAACUAG